AUGUUGGGAGAUAAAGUCUUUAGAUCGAAGAAACAACAAAAGGUUUUUGAUGCUUCGAUUGCUGGCAGGUACCAGAAAUUAGUCAAAAAGAACUCGUUUUUAUACUUUGGGUUGCCCUUCUGUAGUUUGAUUGUUUUGGGUUCUUAUUGGUUAUCAGAUUUCACAGCAAUUAAAUAUGAACAAAGGGAUCGUAAGGUUCAAGAAGUCACAGAGAGCGAUCUUUUGAAGUUGAAAAGUAAUAAUCACAAAUUUGAUAUCAAAGAAGAGUAUUAUCGUCUGCAAGGUAUUCGAGAACAAGACUGGGAACCAGUUAGAGUACAAAGACUGAAAGAUGAAUCUGAAAACGUCUGGUAA